AUGCCGUUACUAUCCGCAGUUUCCGCUCUCAACUCUUUCUCAUCCACCAUUACCGCCGAAUCUUCCUUCCCUCCAAAACGCAACAUUCCCCUCUCUCAUCAAAUCUUUUCCCGCAGAAAUAUUUCAUUCCUCUCAUUCCUCUCCAUCUCUGCACCCGCCUCCGCCAUUGACAUCGGCAUCUCAGGACCGAAGGAUUGGCUUAAAGAGCAGAAGAAAAAAUCGUCCAGGUUUCUUUUGGCUCCCGUUGAUGCUUCCCGCGAAACUCUUCGCUCUGUAUAUCUUUCUCUCACGGAAACCGAUGUUACUUUUACCGAUGAGGAUUUGCAGAAAUUUCAGCAGCUGUUCAGAUCUGCUGCCAGAGAUUGUAUCCCGCAGGACAGGAAUUCUUUCGUCGCUUUCCAAGCUAACACCGGCGUUGAGGUGUGCACAUUUCGGUUGGUUGUGAAGAAUGCGGCCUCCUUACUUGGAAAGAAGGAUCCUGUAAAGUUAGAAGCUGAAGCUUUGCUAGAUAAUCUUAUAAGAUCUUUCACGUCUAUCAGUGGGAUGGCAAGUGAAACCAACAUUGAUCUUGCAUCAGAUAGGAGAAAGAUAGCAGAUGCCAUAUCGGAUACAAUAACAUGUCUCGACAAAUUUGAGCAAGGAAUUAGGGAUUGUCUUGAAAUCUGA